CUCUCGCCAGUAAAGUCCCUCCAAAAAUGUCCCUCUCUCUUCUCCGACACACUCCAUAUCUCACCUCAGCAGUUCCAUUGCCAAUUCAAUAUUUCUUCAUCUCCUUAACCAAAAUGCCAAAAACACGUCUCUCCACCAUGCGACAAGACUCAGGUGCACCAAAAUUUCAGCUUAAAUGUUCUGAAGUUGGUGGUGUUGUACCUAAGAAUAGAGUGAGAAAAAGGAGUGUGGAAAUGAUAGCCAAAGAGGUUAAGACAGAAUCUCCUGAUCAAAAAUUUCUCAGGCAUCCAGAAAUUGAAGAUUUUGCAAAUAAUAGUGGCAAUAUUUAUUCUCAGUCUAUACAACCUCCUGCCAACUGGGAAAGGGUCAUUGAAGGGAUACGCAGAAUGAGGUCAUCAGAACAUGCACCUGUGGACUCCAUUGACCCGGAUGAAGGAGUGACUUCUCUUCAACCUAAGGAAAGAAGAUUCGCUGUUCUGGUUGGUUCAUUGCUAUCAAGUCAGACCAAGGGUCAUGUUACACAUGAAGCGAAUCAGCGGCUCCUCGAAAAUGGUUUGUUGAGUGCUGACUCAAUGAAUAAAGCUGAUGAAGUCACCAUUAAGAGCUUGAUAUAUCCGGUUGGAUUUUACACAAGAAAGGCUCGGCAUCUUAAACAAGUUGCAAAAAUUUGUGUCUCUAAAUAUGAUGGAGACAUUCCUGGUACAGUGGACGAGUUGCUUCUACUUCCAGGUGUUGGUCCCAAGAUAGCUCACCUGGUUAUGAUUAUGGCAUGGAACAAAGUUGAAGGGAUUUGUGUAGAUACCCAUGUGCAUCGUGUUAGUAAUCGGCUUGGUUGGGUCUCGCAGCCUGGGAAAAAACAGGGAACUAGAUCACCCGAAGAGACUAGGGUCUCCUUGCAGCAGUGGCUUCCUAAAGAAGAAUGGGUUUCCAUUAAUUUGCUUUUGGUAGGCUUUGGACAGACCAUAUGUACUCCUCUGAGACCUCGCUGUGCAAAAUGCACGGUAAGUGAAUUCUGCCCGUCGGCAUUUAAGGAGAUAUCAAGCCCAGCUUCCACUUCCAGAACACUAAGCCCCAAGAAGAAACAUUGACAAGGUUGUUUGCUGCUACGUGAUCAUA